AUGGAUUGGAAUGUUCUACGACGCACGGGGUACUCAACGGGCGAUGAAUCAGAUUACUUGACAGUGUUAAACGAUCAUGGUGAGACGGUGUACAUCACGAGAGAACUCAUGACGAGAUUGACCGAGGAAGCCGAGACAUGGCACUGGAAACCGUGGUUGAGGACCAAGACAGAGGUCAUCGGAAAUGUUAUACAGGAAGUGGAGCGUUCUACAAAGGAUUCCGUAGGAAAUUUUCCCGAUGGUGUUUUCACAGAUGAACAAUUACGUGAGGGAGCUUUUCUUUUGUACGUGAUGUUUGGAAUUUAUUCGUUCACCCUUCUAGCCAUCGUGUGCAAUGAUUACUUCAUACCGUGCGUGGAAAUUAUAUGCGAGGUUUUGAAGAUACCCCAGAACGUGGCAGCUGCUACCUUCAUGUCGGUUGCAACAUCGUGUCCGGAGUUCUUUGUGAACAUGAUAUCAACAUUGCUUACACAGUCAGAUAUGGGCAUAGGCACCAUUGUUGGUUCAGCAAUAUUUAACCUCUUAGGAGUGGCUGCUAUUGGAAGUCUUGCUGCUGUUACACCGAUCGCGAUCGACUUCCGGCCGGUGACGCGAGACGUCAUCAUAUACAUGAUAACUGUGGGCGUUCUUGUAACGAUAGUGUGGGACGGCCAAAUAGUCUGGUACGAGGCGCUGGUACUCGGCAUACUUUAUAUAUGCUACUUCAUCUUCAUAUUCAACAGCAUCAAGAUAUUCGCGCUCAUAGAAAAGAUAUACAUGGCUUUCCGCCAGAAAAGGAAGACGCAGUAUGUAGUGACAACUAUUAGUAAAUCGGUAGAAGACAGCGUUGAUAGCAAAACCAUAAACAAUGUCGAAUCGCAGGUGAAUGGAAUACCAAGCAACGGAAAACCUCACGUCGCCGACACUGAUAAGGAAAAUGCUGUAGUGAAGCCCAAGAAAAGUGUUUUUCGAUUCCCGAAAGAAAAUUCAAUCAUUUAUAGGAUAUGGUGGGUGUACACGUGGCCUUUGAAGUUUCUUCUCAGCAUAACGGUGCCGUCGCCAAUUACAUGCAGAAGAUUUUACCCGCUGGCUUUCUUGAUGUGCAUCAUUUGGAUUGGUGUGAACUCUUACUUCGUAACGUGGAGUAUGACAGUAAUAGGACACACAUUUUAUAUUCCCGAGUCGGUGAUGGGAAUGACCUUCCUUGCGUUCGGCGGUUGUUUACCUGAAGCUUGCUCCAUUUUUAUCAUGUCGAGAAGAGGCGAGGGAGGUAUAGGCGUAUCGAACGCAUUAGGGGCGAACACACUUGCGAUUUUAUUCGCUCUAGGAUUACCCUGGCUCAUUAAAACCCUGUCGCUGCUGGUUCAGGGUUAUGAUACUGCAGUCAUAAUCAAUUCCGCGGGCAUUGAUUUCAUAGUCAGCUCUUUGUUAGUAGCCGCCACCUGUUUGUGGAUAACGUUGUGUAUCGGAAGAUUCAAGUUAAGAAGAACUUUAGGAUUCGUAUUAAUAGUGUUGUAUGCAAUUUUCAUUACUUUUGCGAUUCUCGUGGAAAUGGGAAUCAUUUUGAACAGAGAAAUUUCAUUGUGAAGUGCAUGAAAAAUAUGGGCUGUGUGAAUAGUGUGGACUGUAUGAAUAGUGUGAACUGGAUGCUGCCAAUUGAUGAUGAUAUCAAAUCAAAGGCUAAGGAAUUGAAACUUUUAUGAAACUCAUAUAAAGAUCAUACACACUUGAAAUCAAUGAAUAUCAUAAUUGUAGUCGAAGAUGUAAAAUACAAUAUCUGUAGCUUGGCAAGUUCGUUGAUGACACUCCCAUGAUAUGCGGGCGACGGGGGGAAAGGACUGCGUGGGUGUGAAGUCGUGCGCGCGGACCAUCGGGAGUGUUACGAACGAAUUUGCCAAGCUAUAAUCAUAUAUAAUAUCGUAUUACAUUUUUAAUUAAUAUGAUUUUAAAAUGAGUUUUAUUAUAUUUUGUAAUUUUUAAUACGCGUAUUAGAAUUCAAUUUUUCAUUUACUAAAGAUAUUGGCGGCAUCUUUGAAAUACAUUUCAUAGGAAAUGAAUUGUGUUGUGCGUUGGAAAUUAAACUAAGUUUCAUUUAUUUGUGAUGUAGAUGGUUAUUAUUUUAAGAAGUUGAGAUAAUGAUUUAUAAGUUGCUUCACUAUCAACUGCCACACUUGCUUGCUGUUCACAACAUCCUGCUACCAAGUUCCUUGGCAUGAAUGGCAGAAAUAUAAUAGUGAGAAAUAAUAUUCACUUUCCUGUUAUGAGGAAAUGCAUUUUAUAUUAUAUAUUAUAGUAAAUCUCGUUGUAAUGUGAUUUUAAUUGUAGUUAUUUUUACUUUUAUCUAAUAUUAAGUUUGAGUAGCGUUUUCCGUUGAAUUGUUAUUGACGGUUUUGUUGCUUUAGGUAGGUAAAGUUAGUCAAUUUCGGCAGUUUUUAAACAUAGCCGCAUGUGAGUCAAACUCAAAACGUAUGUAUCUAGUUUUUUCCGCUAUUUGAUUAAUAUAAAAACGCUGUUUUAAGGUUUCCGCACGCAGGCAAUCAUAUUGUCAGUAUUAUACACAACUAGCGGAUGCCCGCGACUUCGUUCGCGUGAAACUCGAUGUAAACUUUCAAAUACCUCUACCCCACCCUACCCCUACCCUACCCUACCCUACCCUACCCUACCCUACCCGUACCCUACCCUACCUCUACCUGUAACAAAUACCUCUACCCCACCCUACCCCUACCCUACCCUACCCUACCCUACCCUACCCUACCCUACCCGUACCUUACCUCUACCCUACCCCUACCCUACCCCUACCCUACCCCUACCCUACCCCUACCCUACCCGUACCCUACCCUACCUCUACGUUACGUUGAAAUUUUUCCUGAAUUUUCUUUGCUAUAAACCUCACGGAGCCCGAGACCUUUCCAACGAAUGCAAAACCGUGGAAAUCGGUUCGUGCUUUCUGGAGUUAUAGCGUCAGGAAGGAAAACCCGACUUAUUUUUAUAUAGUAGAAGAAGAUAAUAAUCGGUAACAAGACAAAACGUUUUUAUAUAAUGUAUAAAUAGUUUAUUUUUAAUUAUGUAUAAUUUAUUUACCUUUAACAGGCAUCUAUAGUCAUACAAAUAGAUACAAUAUUUUUCUAUCAAUAUGUAUGUAGAUGCAUUAUUUAUAUUGACAACAUUAAAGUCUUAAGUUAUAGAAA